UGCAAUAUCGAAUAUCAAUAUUCUUUGUCAUCGAUAUUGUCGAUUUCAAGUUGAUAUCGAUAAGUUACCCAUCUCUAGUUUGAGUAAUUAGGUGUUCCCUGGAUUUUGGUUCCUGGCUUGAUGCAAACAUUUGAGUAUCGUUAAUAAUAAUAGCCAUAUGUAUUCUGACGAUCGAAUCUAGCUACUAUGGACAUCGGUCACGGAGAAAUGUUCGAAGCUGCUGCCAGUCUGCAAUCUAUCAACCAGGAUAUGGUAAAAAGUAUAAGCUAUCUCCGCGGGGAACGCAAAAAGCUGGCGGAUAAAAUUGCUGCCCAGGAGGAAGAACAUCAAGCAGUGGAAAAUGAUAUCACUCAGCUUCGUCAGAAACUAGACCAGUUAGCCCAGGAAUUAGAAAAGAACCGCCAACAGUUGCAAACGCAAGAUUCUAAACUGAUGGAAGCAGAAAUAGGGUAUGGUAAAGUCGUAGACACAAUGCGUAUGUUACUAAUGUCCGUUAAGAACGAUAGAAAAUUUAAUCAGUAAUAUUGAAGGAUUCAUGUGUUUUCAUAUGCAGGGUAGUUAAAUUUGCCAAACAAUUUUCCCGUUUAGGAGCUAGCGUUUGAGUCCUGUUUCACCGGUAACAUGUUCGCAGUUUUCAUAACAUAUUUGCACUCACAUGUCAUUAUUUUUUCCAAUCUGUUUUCCCCGUUAAAUAUUGAUCAAGUUUAAAACUACCUUAAGAUGGCUCUACUUCUUAAAAUGCCGUUUUCGUUUGAUGUUAAAUCUAACCUAGUUUCCACCCUAACUGCUGACAAACCGUUAGUUUGAAGCUAGUUUCGAACAUAGACAAUGACAAUGUAAGAAUUAAAAUAUAGUGGUUUAUUGCACAGUUAACACCAAAUCAAACUGCAAAGUAUAAGAGUGUGCUGAAGCAAAAGCGUGAUCAUAAGUGUAACUGCGCAGAUCUGAUAUUAAUGUUUACAUAAAUAUCUUUAUUAAUCUUAUAUUUAUGUGGUAUAUGAUCAGCUUUGCAUCAGCUAUUCCCAACCAAAAAUCGUGGGAUCACGAUCCAGUUUCAUGGAAAACUAAUUGUUUUUGUGAUACCAGUACGUGGUGUGUAGUUCUAAAUAUAUAUAUACACCCAAAGCUUCAUUUACGUACCUUAUAUAUGUAUAUAUGUAUUAAUAUACGUACGUAUGUGUGAAAAUA